ACGCCUUACUAUGUAGUAGUAGGUAGUAGGGCAUGCUGGCUUAACGGGAGCGUCAUUGUCUCGCCGGCUAAGUUGCACCUCAAGCCUGGGCAUGCUUUUCCUGAAUCUACUUAAGAGGGAAAAGUUCCCCUUCCUUUUUCUGCCAGUGUUGACUAGCCUCCAUUCACUUGAUUUACCUCUUCAAAAAUUCUCUCAUAGAAUUUCUCUCUUCUUCUUUCCCCUUCUACUAUUAACACACACAACACACACGUCUUUUUCUUCACACAUUCUUCAUUCUUCUCAACCAUUGCCUCUCUACACUUGACAGACCAAAGACAUAAGAUCUACAGUCACCAUGCCUAAGAUCACCGAAAUCUUCUUCGACUGCGACAACACUCUCGUCCUCUCGGAAGAAUUGGCCUUUGAGGCGUGUGCUGACCUCGCCAAUGAAAUUCUGGAGAAGCGCGACAUUCCCGAUCGUUACACGGGUGAGCAGCUCAUCCAGGAUUUCGUCGGUCAGAACUUCCGAGGAAUGAUGAUCUCUCUUCAAGCCAAGUACAAGUUCGAAAUGGCCAAGGACGAACUCGAGGAGUACGUCAAGAGAGAGGAGGACAAGGUCAUUGAGAAGCUCAACGCCAAGGCUCAAUCUUGUGUUGGUGUUGACGCAGAACUCGAAAAGCUCCAUAAGUCUCAGAAGUACGGUCUCGCGGUUGUCUCCUCGUCUGCUCUUCGCCGUGUCAGAGCCUCCAUCAAGAAGGUUGACCAGGAAAAGUACUUCAACCCCGACCAUGUCUUCAGUGCUGCUACCUCCCUGCCUAAGCCUACUUCCAAGCCUGAUCCGGCCAUCUACCUUCACGCCCUUGAAGUCCGCAACAAGAAGCCGGAAGAAGUUGUUGCCGUUGAGGACAGCAAGUCUGGUGCUCUCAGCGCUAUCCGCGCCGGCAUCCCAGUCAUUGGAUAUGUUGGCAGCUACAAUGGGGACGACAAGAAGAUCGAAAUGGCCCAGCGUCUCGAGGAACUCGGUGUUAAAGUCAUCAUGAAGGACUGGGCCGAAUUCGAGAAGUGUAUGGCGGAAAUCGAGGCGCUCUAAGUGGGUCUGGUCUCGCCAUGAUGUCUCGACUCUCGAUUCUCUUUAUUUCUUUGAUUUUCUACACGAAGCCAUGAUAGCUAGCGCGUUGGUCGUUAUGGAGCCUUAAGGUCAUUUCUUUUUUCAUUUUCCGCGACGACUAUACCUGUUCGGUUCAUUCGAUCAACAACAGGGUAAUUUGUUUCGCGCAUCUUUCUACGUCAUUGGCGUGAGGACUUGUUUGUCCCGCCGUGGUUCUUUUUUUCUUCUCUUCUUUUCUUUGCCUUGGUCAAAGGUUAAAUGCAUUAGUAUUUCAAAUUUUUACCAUAGAC